CCAAGUUCGACUGGCAACACGGUACUCGAAUGACAGUUCGUCGUCUGUUAUAUUUUUUAAAACUAUAGUCGUUUACUUACUUCUUAUCACUUGUUAGUCAUGGCUAGUCAGUUUGUCGAUAAGAAAAUUGCGUUAAUCACGGGAAUUACUGGCCAGGAUGGAUCUUAUUUGGCUGAGUUUCUCUUAGCUAAGGGCUAUCAAGUUCAUGGGAUAUUGAGAAGGUCCAGCUCAUUCAACACGGGUAGAAUCCAGCACCUGUAUGCCGACACGAACACCCAUCGCGAAGGGUCAAUGCAUUUGCACUAUGGUGACUUGACUGACAGUUCAUGUUUAGUCAAGAUUAUUGCCGAAGUCAAGCCCACUGAAAUCUAUAACUUGGGAGCUCAGAGCCAUGUCAAAGUAUCUUUUGAUUUGGCUGAAUAUACCGCCAAUGUUGAUGCUUUGGGAACAUUACGAAUUCUUGAUGCUGUCCGGACUUGUGGUCUUGAAAAGUCUGUUAAAUUCUACCAAGCUUCUACGUCGGAGCUUUAUGGAAAAGUUCAAGAAGUUCCUCAGAAUGAAAAAACCCCUUUUUAUCCUAGAUCUCCAUAUGGUGUUGCUAAGCUUUAUGCCUAUUGGAUCGUAACUAAUUACCGAGAGGCUUACAACAUGUUCGCUUGUAAUGGUAUUCUCUUCAACCAUGAAAGUCCUCGUCGUGGUGAGACCUUCGUAACCAGAAAGAUCACACGUUCGGUCGCCAAGAUUUCAUUAGGUCAGAUGGAACAUUUUGAGCUUGGAAAUCUCGACUCCAAAAGAGAUUGGGGUCACGCCAGAGAUUAUGUCGAAGCUAUGUGGCUCAUGCUCCAACAGGAAAGUCCUGAGGAUUUUGUCAUUUCGACAGGAGAGAUGCACAGUGUAAGAGAAUUCGUUGAAAUGUCCUUUAGCCAUAUCAACAAAACCAUCAGGUGGGAAGGAAAGGCAGAGGAGGAAGUGGGCAUUGAAGUAGAAUCCGGAAAGGUCCGAGUUAAGAUUAACAAGAAAUAUUAUCGUCCUACCGAAGUCGAUCUUCUUUUGGGCGAUUCGUCCAAAGCAAGCAAAAUUCUUGGUUGGAAGCCCAGCGUGUCGUUUCCGGACUUAGUCAAAGACAUGAUGGAAUCUGACUUGGAGUUGAUGAAGAAAAACCCAGCAGCUUGAUCAUAACUGUCAGUGCUAUUACUAAUCAAUUAUUUUUACUACCGGUUUAUUUACAAAUUUAAUCAUUCCGUGUUUGGGGAGUUUCUGGAAUUCAAAUUUUUGUAUGGUACUGUAUUAGCCAGUCCAGUUGCAAUAAAAAUAAUACUUGAAAAA